AUGAUACCGGUAGACACAAUUUUACGCUUUCAGUGGCAGUCGUACAGAGCAUGGACAAAAUAAACAGGCUUAAUUUAACUUCAUAAAUCUUGCUUAAGAUCAAUGACCGUCUUUUAGUACUAGAACAUCCGUUCAUAACACUAGACGUCCGUAAUGUCAGUCGAAAACAAGAUUUUCACAAUCUCUAGCACCGGGGAUAAGGUGAAUUCAUCAAUGGCAGACGACGGGAACCGCAACCAUCUAGCGGCCGAUUUUAAAAAGUUUGGAGAUCAGACGACCUUUCACGGUCUGCGCUAUGUUACCAACAACACCUACCACGGCGUUCGCAGACUGAUAUGGUUGGCCGUGGUCCUCGUUAUGACAAGUUGGCUGAUAUUCAACGUCUUUCGAGCCUUCCUCCUGAUGUACCAGUAUCCAGAGACCAGCUCCAUCUCCGUCAACUACGUACCCAGCAUCACCUUCCCUGCCGUCACGAUAUGCAACAUCAACCAGUUCCGUAGGAACGUAUUGAACCCACACACCCUUCAGUUACUCAAGCAGAUCUUCCAGCCUUCGGAGGCGCAGGGGAACAUGAGCGUGGAUCUCGCAGACGCCAAGCUGUUCCCCUCAACAGACCAAGCCAACGUGACUGAAGUCAACAUGGCGGUGGCUCACAAAAUCGAAGACAUGCUGAUGAAAUGCCAGUGGGGGACCGAGCCCUGCUCGCAUCUGAACUUCACUCGGCGUCUCACAGACUUCGGUGUCUGUGACACGUUCAACGACUUGCCUGCCGGAGAGCGAGGGGUGUUAUCGGUGCGGAACCCGGGCAUCAGGAACGGUUUGUACAUGAGGUUGAACAUCCAGCAGGAUCUGUACACGUUCGGGGAGAGCACGGCAGCUGGAAUGAAGGUGUUACUACACCCCCAGGGUGAGUAUCCUAUCAUCAAGGAGUUUGCCUUCUCGCUAGCGCCAGGUUUCGAGAACUCAGUGGGUGUUCGACAGCAGACUGUAACGAGCUUGAAGGAACCAUACAAGUCGAAUUGCACAGACGGCUCCUUGAAAGAGUUUCCCUUUAAGUACUCCGUUCCUGCUUGUCAGCUUGAGUGCAAGGCGCGUUACGUCAUCGAUAAAUGUGGCUGUCGAGACAUCAGAUGGCCAGGUUCUGGAGACAUAUGCACCAUAGAGAAGUUGACAACUUGCUCCUACGUCUAUGAAGCGGAAUUUCUAGCACGCGGCGAAAAGUGCCACUGUCCCAUGGCCUGCAAGACAACGACAUACGACAGCAAGGUGUCGCUUGCCGCCUGGCCAGCCAAACAUCUCUUGGAAGAGAUGCGGAGAGAUUCCAACAUGUCUGAGGAUUUCAUCAGGGAUAACUUCCUGGAUGUGUACAUAUAUUUCGAAGAAAUAAUGUACAUGAACAUCGAGCAACAACAGGCCUACACUUUCACAAACGUCCAAAGUGAUGUAGGGGGCUACCUGGGCCUACUAUGCGGUAUGAGUCUGAUUACGCUGGUGGAAUGGGCGGACUUUAUCAUCAUUACCAUCUACAAAAGAUGUCGCAGACUGAUGGCCAAAACGGAACCAGCCUAGAAACGUGGUUUCGACACGCAGUAGCCUUCAGACCGAUCCGGGCACACUGCACUUCCAUCACGAAGGCCCCCUUCAAUGGAGAAACCAUUGUGCUAGCUAUUGUUCAAAUAAUCAGUCACGGGUUGAGUAAAAUAUGUUACAGCUCUGUUUUGCACGAAUGGGUUUCUAUGACGUUUUCACUGAUAAGACGAAUUUAGCGAUAAGCAUAUCUGCUUGCACAACAUUUUGGGGGCCACCCCUUACUUUAAUUACUAAACAAUCUUUACAAUCAUAAGACUUUUUUUUUAAACUGUGAAGCUUAUCUGAUAGAACAUAGAACACUUCUUUUUCUUGCUUUCGUACAAUUUCUUCUUAAACAGUUAAAAGUGUGUGACUCAUAUCAAAACAAUUAAUAAGUUAUGAUCAUUUCAUAUUCUCCCUAUAAUAACUUGCGGUCCGAUAACAUGAUUUUGAAGCCUUGCAAAAAAAAGGCGGUUAUCCUAAAAAUAGGUCUAAGUAGGGGUAAUUUAGAAUAAUGUUUGACUAAUGGUAAAUUAAAACAAUUACAGCCGCCUGCAGUGUGAGCCCUUUUGAACGAUGACGUCAAAAUGCUGUUAUUAACGUAAGGCAUUCCUCACUCAGCACUUCCUUUACAAUCAUUUUCUGUAGUAUAAUGCUCCCCUUUUCAAGUUAAAUUCAAUAUUUAUUGCACCGCCUCACGAAAAGAGAACACGAUACUGUAAUUAAUUUCAAAUAUAUACUUCAAAAUAUCUUUUUUUUCAAACUUUGGCCUUAAAACGCUCGUAAUCUGAUACAUGAUGACGUCAUGAUGAAGUCACAUAAAUUAUAACAUCUUCUGACCAGGGUCCAAGUUCUUACCGGGUUUUUAUUAACACCACAUAGACGUUUUGAAGAAAUCAUGGUUCGUUUUGAUCUGAGGCUCAUUUCUAUAUCUUGAGUUAACCAGACUAUGACCUUCCGGUAUCCCUGAAAGGAAAGGUCAGACGACUUUGACUCCGUCGCACCUUAUGUCAUCAUUUAAGGAAAGAAUUCGAAGACGGAUGCAAGUUUGUACGACGAACAUAGGCCCUUAUCAAAAACGGUGCGCGUUCUUUCAGCAAAACGAAAACAAUUCACACACAUCCUUAUGUGAUUUUGUUUUCGUUUUGCUGAAAGAACACUUAUUUUUUGGUGAUCCUUAAAGACAUUACUUUAAAACGGUAGUUAUGUUGAAAAGCCGUAUUAUAACUUGAACUUGAAAAGUACAUACGUGAUUUAAAUGAUGUUUGUACUAAAACAAGGCCUAUAUAUUGGGCUUCCAUAUCCUUUUGUUGUGCGUUUUCAACCACUUUUGUGUAAUGUUUGUUUGGUUUUGUAUCACUGUUUGUAAUUCUUUGUUGAGGUCAAAUAAAUGUCACGGGUAUAGUAAAUUGUGAUGCAGAAAGAAGGACACCCCCAUUAAGACAUAGUAGUGCCGUACCAUUACGUAACUUGUAUUGUUUAUGCUAAUUAGGAAGCGCCCUCACAGUCACACCCUGUCGAAUAUUUCGCGCGCUUCAUCAUUAUCUUUGUCUUGUGAAGACUUGAGUAAGACGUGUUUUUGUAUCUCUUCAUCUUCACAGGUAAUGACCAAUUUCAGUCUCUUUUAAUAAGUUUAUUUUAUUGUAUUAUGUUUACCUUAUCAAUACAUCCAUCUAUGGUAGAUUUAUCUUUUCAUUUUGGUGAUAUUCGGUAAGAUUUAUUCCCUUAAUAGUGUUUGGAAUUGAUGACUUUGUCACUGCCGUAUAUAACCAUUCUUUAGUGGAUCUUUGAUAUCGGUGGACUAGUUGGCAUACUGAAUUUCUAGUCUAAGAUAGGAUUGAGACUAGUAUUUAUAUUAAAUCCCGUAAAUUGAUUAAGUAUUUUGAGCAAUCUUCUGGUUCAAGCAAACCACAAAGCCAGGAUGGCGACCAUAAUACUUUUGGCGAGAAGAUACAAAACAUUUAAAGAUUUUGUGAAUAGUAUUAUUCCCGUUUAUAAUUAGUAUACUUUUGAUCUACUGUAAUAUAUUUAUCAAGUUAUUGCAUUACCUUUAUAACUUUCUUUCUUUAUUAUCUUUGUGUUGUGAAGACUUGAGUAAGACGUGUUUUUGUAUCUCUUUUAUCUUCACAGAAAAUAAACUGCAGA